AUGCCCAUAAUCGAGAUCCUCCUCUUCGGUGUUGGGGUGGCAGUGGGAGGAAGGAGGGCUCUACAAAAGUUUCGCGGAGAAGAUGGCGAGGAAACCACCGCCAUGUCGGCGCCGGUGUCGCCAUGUGCUUCUCCUCGGCAGCAGCAUGACAGGCAGAGGGAUAGAAGUGACUUCCAGAACCUGAUUGACGAUGCUCGCGAUACCUUAGCGCUCCUCUCUCCCCGGCUCGUGGACAACUCUUCCUAUCCUCCUCGACACGAUUGGGAUGCCUCAGAUGCGGGAAGCGCCGGGGGAGCAGGUCAGCUAGAGGGAGAGGAUAGCAUAGAUAGGAACUGGAGCUCGUGGAUCUCGAGGAUCGUCGGGAACAACGAUUCUUCUCACUCUGUCGAUGCGUUCGGUCAAGCAAACAACUGGUCGAUCCGGGACGGAAUUAUCAACCUGGCCGGGGAUAACAAGGUUCAUGCUCACAAGCAGGAGGCCCUUGAGGACCGCAAGAGUUGGGACCCAUGUAGAACCCCCAGGUCGAGUGCGCUAAGGAAAGGAUGGGACUCUCCCUCUCCCUCUCCCCGAGCUCUCCCUCAGCUGCCUGGCCGUCACGUUCGUUUCCACCCCAAGCCAAAAUUGGAGGAGGUGCACAAGAUUGAGCAUUCGCCAGAGGAGCUUUCCUCCCGCAGGAACCACUGGAAUCGCAUCCUCAAGGCAGCUGAACGAGAUGCCUACGAUGCCUACUUGUCGAGCGGGAAGCACAGAAGGAAAACAGAAGCAGACAGGCUGACUUCUCCCUCUGAGAUCCACGUCCUUUAUCAGGACUUGUUGCCUCAGCCUGUCUCAUCUUCGACGCGCGAACGACCAGACCUCGCAAGCUCUUGUCCAGCUGGCGGCGAGGAGAAGCAGAAUGGAAAGGAUACGUCGCCUGCAGACAAGUGGAAGAAAGCUGCAGGAAACCGCGCCACGGUUCCGAUUCCAAAACUUAAUCUCGACAAAGUUCGUGUGCAGGAAGACGAGGAAGAAUUGGGUCGUAGGAGACUAAGACGAUGA